CGUUAACUGGUCGCCAUAUUUCGGAUUACGAAGAAAAUUUGGACAACCAAAACAAACUCUAAGUUCGGAUACAAGGAUUGUGCCAAAAUCUAAACAGGAUGGGAAGACCAAGACGAAAGCUUAAGCUGACCAAAAAGGCUCAGGAGAGUGGUGAAGAGGGUCUCCUAAAGAUAAAAAUGCAGCCACAUAGAAAACGUGGCAUAAGAAUGAAGCUGAAGAAGGUUCCUAAGCAAGAACCAGACGAUGAAGACAUUGAUGAGGGGACUUCUUCUCCAGCUGAGGAUGAUCAAGAUGAGGAAGUUGUACCAAGAUCGUCGUACCGAAGCCCCAUGACUCCAGGGAAGCCACGUAAAGCGUACGUCACAUACAGUCAUGAAGACUUGCUCAAUGCAGUGAGAUGCAUCAAAGAAGAGGGCAUGUCUGUCUACAAAGCUGCAGAGCUGUAUGGAGUUCCAAAAUCCACAUUGCAUGACAAGGCAUGUGGGAAGUCCAACAUGCUGUUUCAGCGGAAGGGUCCAUCACCACUGCUGUCAUAUGAUGACGAAAAGAAACUAGUAGACUACCUCCUCCAGAUGUCAAACCUUGGCUACAUGUUCAGCAUUCAGGAACUUAGAAAUCUCGCUUCAGAGUUGGCCGUAGAGAAGGGCAAACUCUGUGAAGGGAUGCUGCUAUCACCUCGCUGGCAUAAGAGCUUCAGGACGAGAUGGCCGAUUCUGAAUGAGAAGGUGUUCGGGGAUUUUAGGACCUGUGAAAGAAAACAUAGAGAUGAACCAAGACGGAAGACUCUGGAGACGUUUGAGUUUGAAGAAGAUGGAGAACAGAUUCAGAUAUCAACAAUGGCUGAUGAGAUGGACAUUUGCCUCUCCAACUACUUCACAGAGCUCAGAGUCAUUCUUGAGAAGUAUGACUUGAUGGAUAGACCUGGGAGGAUCUACUGCAUUGAUGAGGUUGCCAUUCAGUAUGAGUCCGGUCACCCAAAAGCCAGACAGAUCAAAUCCUUGAAGACAUCAUUUCCCUCAAGAUCUGAAACCACGGUUGUUAGUCUGAUAGGCUGUGGUAAUGCCCUUGGCAAUUCACUGCCACCUUUUCUAAUCUACCCAGGGUUUAAGUUGGACAGUGAUUUAAUGAAGGGUAAAUACCCAGGGGUACAAGGUGUCUGUACAGAAAAUGGCCUAACUGACUACUCAACAAUGAAACACUAUCUGGAAAAACACUUCAUAGAGCAUGCCAUGCUAGGCAUGAGGAGCAGAACGCCCCCAGUACUUGUUCUGUAUGAUGGCUCCAAGUCAAAGGUAAGUCCAGACACGAUCUCAUGGGCUAAAAGUCACAACAUCAUCCUGUUUGUGCUGCCUCCAAACUCAGUCAACUUGAAACACCCACUUGAGAAAGGCUGCUUCAGACAGUUCAAAGAUCACUUCAUCCGAGAGACAAGAAUCUUCCGAGAGAUGUACAACGUUGACUUCAUCUCAAGGAAGGCAAUAUGCAAGAUUGUUUCAGAGGCUUAUCCAGUGGCAAUGUCCUGUAAGAACUUGGUGGAAAUGUUUGGUGACAUUGGGAUUUUCCCGUACAAGCCCUCCAUUGUUCUGUGUGAUGAGUUGAGAACGGAGAGAUUCGACAGAAAGACACGAUACCACUCCAUCAAGAAACGACCUCCUGGCAUGAAGGAUAAAGGUGUUCAGAUUUGGAUCAAGGAUGAUAGCCAGCUGAAGCUGAUUAAGUCCGGCCGACGGCGGAUCAUUGUGCAGGAAGACCCUAAUGUGGAUGAUGUGGAUUCAACGGCCACCUUCCUACGCGACAAGAAGAUACAGAAGAUGUUGGAGGGAAAUGCCGGGCUGCGUGCCAAACAUGGGGGGGAGUCUGACUACUCUGACACCGAUGACUUCGAUGAUGAAGAAGAACAAAUGGUAGAGAUGGAGAUGGAGGAUCACAAUAUGAAUGGUGUUGGAGUAAGACGGACGUUUGCACAGCCUGCACAGAGCACUGAUGGUACAGAGUACGUCACCGAGUCCAUGGUUACAGAGGAAAAUACAUUUAAGAUGGACAACUCUCAUGCCUAUGCUUUACCAGGAAAUUCCGUGGCAGAGAGCAACAACAGUGGGACACAGACCCCGGGGCAAGGCGAAACAGAGCCUGACCCUAUGGAACAGACGCGCGUCGCCGUACAAGCACUACAGGAUAUCGCUAACGACUACCAGUACGUCACGGCCUCCAGUCUCCCGAUGAACACCACUGUUCAAAACGUAACGCUCAACUCUGGGCGCAUGAUCCAGGUGGUUGUUCAAGCGCCUGCGGAUCAGGUGAUCGAGUCGGAACAAAUCAUAGAAUCCGUCGAGCAGAUCGAGAUUGAUAAUAGUGUUGAUUCGAUCAUACCAAUGUCGGUGGCCACAGAAAUUGUGGAAAGUGGUGAGACUAUUGUUCAGAACAGCUGAUAAAGAUCAAAUAUAUGUACAUGUGUAAAGUGUGAAACAAUUUGAAUGUCCGUAGUUUGUGUAAAUAAUGUACCGUGUGUAUAUGAAGUGAGUAUGUUCUUCGUUUCAAUAAUGAGAUUUUUUCUAGUUGAAUAAAUGAAAAACAGUGCAUUGUAAUGAAUGGCAGCUCUUCCAAUAGUUCAAUUCAAUCAGUUCACUUAAAUUAUUAUUAAACAAAAUGGUAAACUUUUUAUUGAAGAUGAUAAUAUGAAUUUAACCGGUUUCAGUUCUGCGAACAGUUAUACAUGUAUAUGCCAGAACAAGUGUUUCCUGGUGGUAUGGUUUUCUCUCAAUAAAAUAUAUUAUGAAAACAUUUGAUGUUUUCCGCCCCUUAUUGUUAUUGAGAGGGGUUUUAAGUGGAAUCAAUUGACCAGGAAACUGUACAAUUAAACCUUUAUUGUUCUUCAUUGAGAAAAAAUUUCUUUACAGGAUAGUUUCUGUAUCUCUUCUGGGAUUAUUUGAAAGUUCAUGAUCUAAAUACUUUCCUGUGUUAGUUAAUAAUAAAUAAAUUUUAAUGUUUGUACAUAACAAUUUUCAUGUUGAUAAAUUACAUGUUAAGAACUCGUUUAAAAUUUUAAUCAUGUGCUUUUUCAGGUUCUCCUUAGGCUGCUAAUUAAUUAUGUAAUCUUAUAUACAACUUCUCACUUGUACAAUGUAAAUAAACCCAAAAGUUCCUGUUUUCAUGUAGUCAUUAGGUUGAUUGUUCAGAACUUUGUUAAAGUUAAUGACGUGAUUAACGCCAUCCCAGUGAUCAUUGGCUCGAUUGUUCAGAACUUUGUUAAAGUUAAGGACGUGAUCAAUGCCAUCCCAGUAAUCAUUGGCUCGAUUGUUCAGAACUUUGUUAAAGUUAACGACGUGAUUAACGCCAUCCCAGUAAUCAUUGGCUCGAUUGUUCAGAACUGUAAAAGUUAACGACGUGAUUAACGCCAUCCCAGUAAUCAUUGGCUCGAUUGUUCAGAACUGUAAAAGUUAACGACGUGAUUAACGCCAUCCCAGUAAUCAUUGGCUCGAUUGUUCAGAACUGUAAAAGUUAACGACGUGAUUAACGCCAUCCCAGUAAUCAUUGGCUCGAUUGUUCAGAACUUUGUAAAAGUUAACGACGUGAUUAACGCCAUCCCAGUAAUCAUUGGCUCGAUUGUUCAGAACUUUGUUAAAGUUAACGACGUGAUUAACGCCAUCCCAGUAAUCAUUGGCUCGAUUGUUCAGAACUUUAUUAAAGUUAAAGACGUGAUUAACGUCAUCCCAGUAAUCAUUGGCUAGAUUGUUCAGAACUUUGUUAAAGUUAACGACGUGAUUAACGCCAUCCCAGUAAUCAUUGGCUCGAUUGUUCAGAACUUUGUUAAAGUUAACGACGUGAUUAACGCCAUCCCAGUAAUCAUUGGCUAGAUUGUUGAGAACUUUGUUAAAGUUAACGACGUGAUUAACGCCAUCCCAGUAAUCAUUGGCUCGAUUGUUCAGAACUUUGUAAAAGUUAACGACGUGAUCAAUGCCAUCCCAGUAAUCAUUGGCUCGAUUGUUCAGAACUUUGUUAAAGUUAACGACGUGAUUAACGCCAUCCCAGUGAUCAUUGGCUCGAUUGUUCAGAACUUUGUUAAAGUUAACGACGUGAUUAACGCCAUCCCAGUAAUCAUUGGCUCGAUUGUUCAGAACUUUAUUAAAGUUAAAGACGUGAUUAACGCCAUCCCAGUGAUCAUUGGCUAGAUUGUUCAGAACUUUGUAAAAGUUAACGACGUGAUCAAUGCCAUCCCAGUAAUCAUUGGCUCGAUUGUUCAGAACUUUGUUAAAGUUAACGACGUGAUUAACGCCAUCCCAGUAAUCAUUGGCUCGAUUGUUCAGAACUUUGUAAAAGUUAACGACGUGAUCAAUGCCAUCCCAGUAAUCAUUGGCUCGAUUGUUCAGAACUUUGUUAAAGUUAACGACGUGAUUAACGCCAUCCCAGUGAUCAUUGGCUCGAUUGUUCAGAACUUUGUUAAAGUUAACGACGUGAUUAACGCCAUCCCAGUAAUCAUUGGCUCGAUUGUUCAGAACUUUGUUAAAGUUAACGACGUGAUUAACGCCAUCCCAGUGAUCAUUGGCUCGAUUGUUCAGAACUUUGUUAAAGUUAACGACGUGAUUAACGCCAUCCCAGUAAUCAUUGGCUCGAUUGUUCAGAACUUUGUUAAAGUUAACGACGUGAUUAACGACAUCAUUGUUAACAUUCAAAUCGUUACUGCCCUGGAAGUUUAAUGGAUACACCUGGGUUUGCAGUGUUCUUAACAAUGUUUGAGAUGACUGUUUUAGAUGAACUUGUUUUAUUUGAUUGUAUUCACACAUCAUGAAAAAGUUUUAGUUUAAACUUUAACAACGAUGUCGAUAUCACGUUGUUAACUUAAACUAAGUUCUAAACAAUCAGCCCAUUGUUAACUUUUAAUGUGAAUUAUUUGACAAUGUGCUCAAAUGCUUAAAUAUAAACAAGUGCGUGCUGUAACAGUUGUGUCAGAUCUAAUAUAGAGAACACAAGUGUAUCCAUUUAACUUCCAAAGCAGGAUUGUUAGCAACGAUAACGUUAAUAAUGUUGUUUACUUUAUAACAUAGUUCUGAACAUCAGCCCUCCUUCAGUCAAUGAUCAUCAUCAUGCAUCAUAGUUAGUGAUAUCUGGUAAUAUGUAACUAGCAAACAAUGUUACAUAGGGCUGAUAGCUCAGAAAUUUGUUAAAGUUGACAACAUGAAUAAUGAGAUCGUUGUUAACUUUUAAAUGUGAAAUAUUUGAGGAUGUUCUGAUAUUUAAACAAAGUACAGCUAUAACUGUUGUUCAAAUCUAUUUGCAAUACUGCAUACCACAAAUGUAUCCAUUCUCCUUCCAGAGCAGUCAAUAUUUAAAAGUUAACAACUAUGGCGUUAACAACGUUGUUAACUUAAACACAGUUCUGAACAAUCAGCCCAAUGAGUAAGGAAGAUUGCAACUAGUAAUUGUUCAAGUUAACAGUUGUGAAGGCUUACAACUUAUAUGUAUUGUACCUUGAUGUUUGUGUUCAUCAAAUAAACAAAGCAAAUUA